AUUAUUGGGACCGAGAUCCUAACACCUGGGGAGGCGUAAACGAUUGGGAUCUUUAUUGGAUCAUGCAACCGCAACGCGUUGCAAUCACCAAGUGCAACUCUCAUUCAUCUUUAAUAGAAGAGUUGGUUAACCUAAAGAAGAUAUUUGAUACCACAACUCCAGCAUAUAAAAAGGCUUGCGACAUACAGAACAGA